GUGCAAUAUAUGUAUGUACAAUUGUUGUGAGACAUGAGUGGAAAGACGGGAAAAAUGUGUACUUAAUUAAAGCAGUAAUUUGCUUUUAAGAUUUGUGAUGUUUGUGAGACGACCAGGAAUUUGUGCGGUGUUUAACGUUACAGUCUCUGUGCUUUUUAAGAAUUUUUAUUAAAAAGUUUGACGAUGAAUGUACAACGAUACGGUGCUAAAACCGAAUUUUAGAUUUGUUUAACUUUGUCCGUGAUUUGAUUCAAUCGAUUGUUAGAAAUCAACCAAAAUUGAUUUAUUACAUCGAUGAAUAAGAAAUUGACGUUGAUAACAACAUUGCGGUGUAAUAAAUUGUGCCAUUUACCCAGCCAUACCACUGAAGUCAGGUGCUAAGACAUUUGCCAAUAAAUUUAUAGUGAAGCUGUGUAGAUGUGAGUUAUUGUAUUCGCGCUGUGAUAAAUGAUUUUCGCAAUUUGCCACUUUCAAAUGGUGGAGCAUUUGGAAAAUUUUCCAACGGUAAAACUAUAUUUCGUUCAUUAGUCACAUGAUCUUUGUGGAGAUACUGCGGUGUAAUUUAUGAUCAGUGCUUAUUCAGCUGCGUUUGUUGAUCCUAGAAGGAAACUGAUAAAGAUGCUCGUUAAUGACUAACUCUAUCAUUCAUUUCGCUUGAAAUAAAUCCGAACAGUAACACGAAAACGAACAAUAAAACGCAAACAAAAUGUUGGAUACAUGCACCAUACGAAAUAAUUUGACUUUAACAGUGGGUGUUAUAAUUGGAGGGAUAACCACCAUCUUGUUGAUUCGCAAGGGUGCACAGCUCUUUAGCAAAAUCACCAAACGAACGAUUGCCGAACAGACUAUAAAUAAAUGUCUCGUGUGCAAUGUUCCAAUAAAUCUGGACAAGACGUCCGACUUUGUGACUUGUGAUACUUGUAAGCAGUCGCCUAUCUGCAAGAAUCUUCAUUGUGCCAUAUGGAGCGAUAAGUCAAAAGUUUGGAACUGCAAACUUUGUCGAAGUUAUUUGCAUGGUUCCAGUUCGGCAUGCGAUUGGUUGAUAUCACAAUUAAAUGAGAGAUUAUUGCAGGGCAAAGACAAUGAGGAUCACAGUAAAAUUGUCUGGUCAAGCAACGAUGAUAGUGCACCGUUAAUACCAUUGGAACAACGGGAAAAAGUGCGUGAAUUCGUUGAAGAACUGGUGUCGACUUUAGUCGGUGGGACUAUAGAUAAUGCACCAGUUGGCCAGCUAUUUGAGAACAAAGAAUAUUUAAAUCUAUUUUCAAAUUAUCAUUCGAAAUUAAGUAAAAAGUUGUAUAAUCUGGAAUUAUCGAUUCGUCAUAUGUUAUUCGGUCUACCAACUGGCGAAAAUGAAACAGAUACAAUUGAUCAAUCACACACAAACCUCAAACACUUGGUUGAACGAAUCAUCGAAGAAGUGUUUAAGAUUCCAGAACUGUUCGAUCAUAGCGGAGUACCUAAAGAACCACAACGAAUAAGUCUACCUCAAUUUGAUCCGAAGAAAUAUGAAGAACUGUUGGCAACGGCUGUAUUGAAUAAGCUAGUUGAAUCAUACAGCUACGAAAGAAGAUUCGAAAAUAGUUCAGGAAUUCACUCAGGAUCGGACAUUGAUGGAAACGUACAAAGCAUUUUGCAGAAAGCUCAAUUAGAAACUUUAUCAACAAGCAGCUCAAAUGAACCGAGAAGUGAUAGCAGCAAUUCAGUCAGCUUAAACGAUCAGCCAAUGUCGUUAACCGCAACCGAUUUCAUUGGUAAUUUGUCACGGGAAAAUUCAGUCUUCUCACCAAUCGAUUCACCGCCCCAGACUCCGCGUAGCGUUGGCAGUGACGAGGAAGCCUAUCUGAGCGAUUACAUACAGAAACAUAAAGUGCCAUUGCCAGGAAUCGAUGCACACGACUCUGACAGCUUCGAUGAGGAUUAUCAAUCAGUAAAUUCGAAAGAUACCGAAGGAAAUUGGCAAGAAAACUGGCUGUUCAAGAAGCGCAAAUUGAAAAAUGAAAUGAAAAGCGACAUUGGAAUGCUGGUACCAUCUCCGAUGGAGGAUGUGAAAGCUUUGAUCGGUGAUAAAACAACAGAUGAGGUAAGUGACCUGUCGGAGGCAGGUUCAGACAUAGAAGAUGAGGAGAAUGGUCCGAUGAAUGGUAGAAGAAGUGCUGACUUACCGCAUGCAUUAGUCGAAAGCAAGACAAUUAUUGGAGGGAAAAAUGAUUUCGCAGCGUUUCCGAAUGCAAAAACCAUUGAUGAGCUGUUACAACCGGAUAGUUUAGUGUCCACGCAGUCCGCCGAAUCAGUUGAUGUUCAAAGUCCUGUCAUUAUGGAAGCAAAAAAUGACUUGAUUUUAAUGAACGAUUGCGAUAGCAGGCCCAUCAUCUUGCAUGUGAAAGAGAAACAGCGCAAUGGCAGUAAAUCAAUUGACGAUAGUCUGAUUAAUGAAAGAGCUUGCGUUCAGAAUGGAUCGAGUCAAUCUGGUGUCAAUCAAUCCGCAAAACCCACUUCAAAAGAUGCUUCAAUUACUAAAGGCAGUCUAUUUGAUGCAGAAGGCGUAGACCCACCUGUUCCUACUCCAAGGAAAAAGUCAAAAUCUUUGGAAUCAGCUAAAGAAACUAUUGCUGUCGAAGUUCCAACCCAACCCACAAUACAAGAGAGUGGUAGUCUUCCUGACAACAACACCAUUGUGAACCAAAUUAUCCGCGAGUUCGACUUUAGCGUGGAAGUCGAUAAAUUGUUAGGAAAUAAACCACAAUCGUUGGAUGAUGAACUUCUCGACUCAUCAAUUAACGAUAUCUAUGAUAGCAUUGAAGGCGAUCCGACACUCGAUUAUCAAUCUCUAAUUGCUGAAAACGAAACUGUCAAUACUGCAGUCGUAUCAACGAGUCCUGAGAUAAUUUUAGAAGCUAGCAACCUAUUAAUCGAGGACUGUUUUACCGAAACAACUCAGGAAAUUUCACAAGACCAACUGGAAAAUAAUCGUUUGAGUUCGUUGAAUUUUAUUGAGCCAACUUCAGGCCCAUCUUCCAACAUUUCCAGUGAAAAUUAUAUUUGCAAAGUUUCACCAAGCGAAUUUGAUUUAUCAGUAGACAGUGCGCUGCAACCUAAAUCCGACAUUUUUGAUGUUAUUGCUACCAAUGGGGUUGAAGACAAAAGUGUACCUCAAGCAAUGUAUAUCAGCAGUAAGCCAGCAUUGAUUGCUGUUGAAAUCGCCACGCAUGAUACAUCGACCGUGCAGGUGAUCAAUGAUGAUAGUGAGAAAAAGGAACCGGCGACCUCCAUCCCAACUUUGAUUAUAUCAAAUAUUUGUGGUGAUACACCUCCGCCCACAGCGGCAUGUGAUGAUGACAUGUCGUUGAAACCAAAAAAAGUUUUAAGAGCUCAGGACUCACUCGAGCUGCCACCGGAUGAUCGAGAGAAAUUUGAACCCACGAAACGAGUCGAUUCUUUUGAUUUGAAAGAUGUUGAUAGAAAGAUCGAUGAUAAAUUGGAGAUUGAUGUCGAUUCGGAAGUAAAUGGUAUGAAAAGCAACACUGAUAAGGAACUUUCAAAUGCAAUUACUGAUCCGGAACAAACGUCCGAGGAAGACUUCGUUAUUGUCACAGAGGAAGAAGUGAAAGCUUUGAAAAUCGAAGAAGAAAUAUUGCUGAGCACCCAAGGAGUUGGUGACUCUUUAACUGAAACGAAACCUGAAACUGAAAAUUCGAUUACUUCAGCAUAUAAAGAUUCAAACGAAAACAAACUGGAAAGUCCCAACGAAAAUAUCUGUAAGGAUUUGAUUCAAACGAAUGAACCAGAACUGAUGCUGAAGCAAUUCUCGACUAACCAAUCAUCCGGUGAAAUUGAUGAAAAACACACAACUGAAUUGUCGGUCCAACCAGAAUCGAAUGAAUUCAUAGUUAUGAACACUCGCAAAAUAUUUGAACUGCCCUCCAUUCCUGAGUCAACUACUCAAACCAAUGAAAUUGAGAGGCCUUCCGCUUCUGCUGUGACUUACACCACUUCCAACUUAUUCAUAUCUAACCAAGAAAUCAUCUUAAAUACUAACCCAUCUACUAACACAAUACACUCAGACGAGCAUGGUCCUUUACCAGGUUCGAUUGCUGAACGUGAACACCUUAAAUGGAUGAAUGCUCAAGUCGAUAUUCCGAACAAUCCAUAUUCCGCUGAAGCACUGCAAAGGCGACUUAGUCAGACGAAAAGUCCAAGUAAAGUCAUCGAUAUCAACCUUGCAUUAGCAGCUAAGUCCAUUGAGCUUGAUGAAGAUGUAACUACCAAAGCCGACAAUGGUAAGCCACUGCAAAUUGUUUUAGGCGCUGGGGAGCCAGAUCAAUUGAGGUACGGUCGCGAUUACUACAUAAAUGACUCGAAAGCAGCAAGUGGAACACGCAAGAAAACAUCGUCAAUCCAACGGUAUUCCAGCACCGAUGAAGAUAAUAUAUCAUCAAAGCCGACAACACCUGACUCUGACGUCUUUACAGCAAGAAUCGUUCAAAUCAGAGACGAUCCAGACCAGACGAGUGACGAUUCAACCAAACUUAAACUAUCGAUUACUGAUCGAUUGUCGGACAACAGUUCAUCGUUAUCAUUGCAAAGCGAUAGUGUCCAGAGUGACGAUUCUGAAACACGAGUCUACGAUCUACGCAAGAACGAGACAGCUUAUUUGAGAAGUGAUAUAAUUCGAACGAGUCGUAUUCCUGUCGGAGCAACUACUACACCUCCUCCGACUCCAAUUGACGGUGAAUCGCUGCAUAAAAACUUGGAUCAAUUUUUUGCUAUACAGCAGCUGAAUCAGCUGAAGAAAUCAGAAGAGGAACAGGAAGCAACUAGUCAACAAAAAUCACAAACGUUUCACAGCGGACGAGGAGUAUCGAAGCCCUUGUCACCAGAAACUUUGAAGUUUUUUACACCGAAACCAAAGCCAGUAUUUACUUCAAAAUUUAAAAUGGAAGAAACGGCACCAAUUAAACCUCUAAUUUUGGAGCGUGAAGAUGCAAUUCCACAAAAUGGUACAAUCGAAAAGGGGGUCAUAGAGGAAGAUGUCAUUUCAUCACUUCCUUCGGUCAAAGCUCUGGCUAAGAAUUUCAUCGAGCCUUCUACCGAAACUACGAAGCAGCCAAUUCAACGGCCAAAAACAUUCGCAUGGCAAGUAUCAAACGAGAUUGGAAGCAAUACCAAUGGCCAUACAAAAGAACCAUCACCUGAUUCCUAUCUUCCAAACUACGAAACAAGAUAUCAUCCCGUGGCUCCGGGGCACAGUAUUACCGCUAGAAGUCUGUCGACAAAGUUCCGCGAAGAGCUAAAACACUCAAUAUCCGAUGAUGCAUCGAAUGGGUCCGAUAAUAUUGAAAUUGUGGAAAGGGAACAUUCACCGGAUCGUCCGCCAAGUCCUGUUUUACUCAAAGGAAUAUUCAAAGAGAAAAUGUCUUUUUUCCAGAAUUUAGAAAAUAAGUAGAUUGUGAAGAAGGUAUAAACGUACAUAGAGUUUGAGCUUUUACAAUUUUCGAAAGAAAAUCUAUUGUAACAAAGCCCAAAGUCACAUUAGUCACAUAUUAAUUUGUUACUGUUUUAACCAAAAUGUUUGUGCCAUUGAAAGAGGAGGAAUAUUCGAAAUCGCAUUCAGUAUAUUUCAAUUAUUUUAUUCUUUUUGAUAGUAAAAAUACCAAAAUAUAUUUGUCAAAACGGCUAAUAUAUAAAAUUUAUCUUGUUGAAGUAUGAAAAUAUAAAUAAACCCUUUUGAUGUAUACUUUAUAAAUAUUCAAAUGGAAUGUGCUCCUGUAAAAGAAAGAGGAAAACCAGUAUCAACAGGUCAAUGAUUUGAUCAAAUUAAUUUUUUUGUCAACUUUAACAAUUAAAAUUUAAAGAGAAAUUCAAA